UUUCUGUUGGAGCGUUUUGCUGGAAAAACAGUUUGAAGACCGAGGUUGGACAACAGACGAGGGGGUUUUCGGUGGAAAGGCUUUCGGCAUACCGCACUCAUUUGAGGAUCCUCCUAGCAUGGGAGGAGUUGCCUUCCAGCAAUAAAAUGUACCCACUACACCGAGAGAGGGAGCAGCCCAUCUUCAGCGCCCGAGCUCAUGUUUUCCAAAUCGACCCGGCUACCAAACGCAACUGGCUGCCGGCCAGCAAGCAUGCUGUCACCGUGUCCUUCUUCUAUGACGCCAGCCGCAACGUCUACCGCAUCAUUAGUGUGGGCGGGACUAAAGCUAUCAUCAACAGCACCAUCACCCCGAACAUGACGUUCACCAAAACCUCCCAGAAGUUUGGCCAAUGGGCUGACAGCCGGGCCAACACCGUUUAUGGCCUUGGCUUCUCCACAGAGCAGCAACUGCAGCAGUUUGCAGAACAAUUUAAGGAGGUGAAGGAGGCAGCCCGGCUGGCCAGAGAGAAAUCCCAGGAGAGGUACGAACUGGCCAAUCCUGCUCUCAACAUCGCUGCCCCACAGCUGUCUCAGGAGCUGUCGGAGGACCGUCAUUCUCCACCACUGCUGACAGUUAACGGGCCAGGAGAGGAAAAGCUGUUUCGCAGUAAAAGUGCAGAAGUGGAGCUUACAGUGGAGAAGGAGAGGGUCAAGAAGAUGUUGUCUGAAGGGUCCGUGUGUGAAAUCAACCUAGAGGCAGAGCUCUUCACCUUACAGGACAGUAACGCCAAGCUGGUGGCAGCGCUACAGGAAGCCAAUGGCAGCGUGGAGCAGUGGAAGCAGCAGUUGGCUGAAUACCAGGAGGAGACUGAUCGCCUUAGAGAGCAGGUGGCAGAGUUAGAGGCGCAGCUUGGCCAUCCUGCUGCUGCUGCUCACACUGACAAAGAGGAGCUUAGCCGCUCACUGGAAGAGCUGGAAGCCCUGCUUAGUGCCAAAGACCAGGAGAUCCAUAGUCUACAGAGCAAGAAAACUGAUGUGGGGGAGCUAGAGAGAGAGAGAGAAGAGGCCAUACAGAGACUCCAGGACCUUGAGAGACGGAACACAGAGCUGGAACGUCAAAUUGAGAGCACUGAAAAGACGCUGGCCUUCAGCAGAGAGGAACAGGAGAAGGCGGAAGUCGAGGUCCAGCAUUUCCUUGAGGCCCUCGAUGUCAAAAUUUGCGAUCUGAAUGACUUAAGACAAAGUCUGGCAAACCUUGUCGAUAAGUAGUCCCAAUUGCAGGCGGUGGAUCUCCACAGUGAAGGCACAUUUUCUCUACUCUGAUCUCAUUUGUAUUUUACUGACACAGAAGUUUAGAUCUUUAUAAGACCAUUGUAUGCAUGAGAAACCUCUCAUCGGUGCAGUGCGAAAAUAAAGCAUCUGUACAGGAUAUUACAACAUGAACAUGGCACAGAAAUUUAUAGAGUGGCUACAAAUGAGCAAUUAUAAGAACAAAAUUUAGUGCCAUAAAACUGUUCACUGCUUAGUGUAACAUUCAGAAAAUAGGGUUGGAUGAGAAGCUCACAUAUUUUGUUUGACAUAAUACCAAUAACAAAGAAUUUGAAAUUUUUGCAAAAGCUGUCAUUUGUAGCAAAAACAUGGAAUUACGGUAGUAAGUUUUUAAAGACAUUUCAGGCCUAUCACAAUAUUUGGUUUUAUGAACAUUAAUAUUUGUGUGUGUGAGACAUCAUUUAGCCAUGAUUUCUAAAUUACUUCUAGUGUCAUCAUCCUCUUACAGUGUAGAGAAUGCACCUGGUUGGCACUAGGUCAGGGAAGGGACAAAUGCAGAAAAAAGGCCUAAUUACAAGUCAGCCAGUUAACCAUCAAUAGUCUGGUCUGGAAUCCCUGGAGCCAGACUCACACUGAGCAACCCGAGCCAUCUGUGGAACACCAACAUGCAUUAUUCCCUCACUUUAUUUUGACUGCUCCUCUCUCCACUUACUCUAUUAUUCAUGUUGAUCACUCGUAUUAUUCAUGUUGAUCGAUGCUGUUACUCUCAGCCACGAUGGCCACGAAGCAGGUGAAAUGCUGCGAAGUUGAAGCACGAGGCUGGCAGCUUUACUCCGUCUCUACUCUCGUCUCCCCACACUUGAGACACCACCUUGCACCCCGAUGUUGAGAUCCAACCUGAGUUGCACUUCAUCAAUGCUAGUGCCAAGUUUGAUUUUGCUUACAUGUCAGUAUUGCAAUGAUCCAGUUUAGCAUUAACAACACCACUACAAGAUCUGUCCAGAGAAGCCAUUCAGCUGAGACCAGUGGAUGAUCGUUGCAGUAGCAAGUAAUGUUUAUAAAUCGCGUGUGCGUGCACAAUGUGACUUUUCAUAUAACAAGGACAACUGCGGUAGUUUACUAAAUGGGUACUUAACUGACUUGCCGGUCAGCUCUGUGAAACUGAUGCAAACUCAAUUUUUGCUUUAUACCUCCUGGACAUGUAUGCAUUCUUCAUUUGAACGUAAUCUGGGUACAAAUAGGCACAGGUUGUUACAUGAUGCAUUUAAAUUGCUUUAAAUGUGAUUUAAGCAGGGUUCUCGCAAAAUCUAGAAUUUCACCUCAUUUUAUUAAUUUAUGUUUAAUGGAUAAGGUGUUUAUUACUUGUCUUAUAUUAUCUGUAGUGGUCAGAAUACGAGUUCACUCGUAGCAUCUUGUGGCCAUCCCCCUUAUUAACACCUUUCACUAUUCUGACCUCAGUAGCCACUUGCAAGCCUUCUUGAAUUAGCAAUAAAAUUUAUAGUUUGUGUAUUUAGGUUUUCACAUGUAAUUUGUGGGUUACAAAAAUGGCUUUUUUGGGGGGUCCUGAUUACAACAGAUGUCAAGAGCCCCCCCCCCCAAAAAAAGAACAUAAAAUGGCUGCACAUCCCCUCCUGCGCUCCACGCAGUUAAUGCCAAAUACUUAGCACAAAAGCCUAUUCAGAUGUACCAUGUAAGUCUAAGUAAGCUGGGAAGUUUAUCCUGCACUCAACCAUCUGUUACCUAAAAGCUAACAACCAUUUCUUUUUGGACCAAUCAUUUACAUUCCUUAGUUACAAAAAAAAAAAUACUGUACUACCGUAUAUACAACUGCACAUUAUGGUCACAGGAGUAUUAUUUAGUAAUUUCAUAGGUUUAUUUCCUCUUAAACACCCAAGCUUGAUUCCACCUCAUGUUGUACUUUUCUGUGGAUCAUGUUGUGUUUACACUGUCGUGACACGAGACUGGAAUGAGAAAUGAUACACAGUAACUUACUUUCAUUUUCUUUUUACACACUGCAGUAAGACCUCUUUGAAACAAUAGAACACAGAACCAUAGUAUCACCACCUUUAUAAAGAAUUGUGGUCACUUUCAUAACUGCAUUAUACUGUAUUCAAUUUAUUUGACCUACUGCAUCCCUCUAAAUACUGUUCCUAACUGUCCUCCUUGGCAGAUAAAAAAAUAAGUGGCACAUUAAGGCCACAAUGCAGAUUUCUCAUGACUGAAUUUGAAAACAUUUGUAUGUGACAUUGAAUUGUUUAUUUGUAGAAGUCGUGAAUUAAAAUACAUGCUUUAACACGUC